AUGACUGCCAACCCACCCUUGACGGGCGUCCGCGUCCUCGAACUCGCUGGCUUGGCUCCAGGCCCCUUCUGUGGCCUGCUCCUCGCCAACUGGGGCGCCAGCGUCCUGCGCGUCGACCGCCCGAGCCCAGUCUCCAGCAGUGAUCUUCUGACCAGCGGGAAACGCUCCAUUGCGUUGGAUCUGAAGAACCCCUCCUCCGUCGCCGUCUUCCUGUCCUUAGCCUCGAUUGCCGACAUCCUCAUCGACCCCUUUCGCCCCGGUGUGUUGGAGAAACUCGGUCUGGACCCUGAAACCGUCCUGCUGAAGAAAAACCCCCGCCUCAUCGUGGUGAGACUGACAGGGUUCCGUCGCGAUGGGAAAUACUCUGCCAUGGCAGGCCACGACAUCAACUACCUCGCCGUGUCCGGAGUGCUCUCCAUGCUCGGCGCGAGAGGGGCCCCACCUGCACACCCGGCCAACAUCCUCGCAGACUUCGCCGGUGGCGGCCAUGCCGCAUUCACUGGUGUUCUUCUGGCGCUGAUUCACCGCGCAACAAGUGGGAAGGGGCAGGUCGUAGAAGCAAACAUGGUCGAUGGCGUCAGUUAUCUCGGCACGUUCCCGCGGCUAUUGACGAAGAUGCCCAUGUGGAAUGGUGAGCGGGGCACGAAUACACUAGACGGCGGAGCCCCAUAUUACGGGUGCUACGAGUGCAAGGACGCGGGCAAAUACAUGUCCGUGGGCGCCCUGGAGCCGCAGUUCUGGCAGGAGCUGCUGAAGGGACUGGGUCUCACCGAGGCGGACGUCGUCCCGGGCAAGCUCGAUCGGCUGGACAAGCGCUCUUGGCCGUAUAUGCGCGAGCUUUUCACACGGCGGUUCAAGGAGAAGACGCGCAAGGAGUGGGAGGCCAUCUUUGAUGGAACCGAUGCCUGCUGUGCCCCCGUACUCGAGCACGCGGAGAUGGAGGCCGCGGGGUACGAGCACCGACCCAUCGUCGGGCUGACUUCGUCGCCGGCACGAAAAGUCGAAAUGCAGUGGGACGGCAAGGCCUUGAAGCCCGGUGAGGGCGGCGAGCAGGCUUUGAGAGAGUGGAUGGGCUGGAACAAUGGAAGAGACUACGACAUUUUAGCCAACGGUUGCUUUGAGAAGAGAGAAAAGAGUAGGUUGUAG